CAGCAGACGCAGAGAUGCAGAUCUUUAUGAAGACCCUGGUGGGCAAGACCAUUACCCUUGAGCCCAGUGACACCACUGAGAAUGUCAAAGCCAAAAUCCAAGACAAGGAGGGCAUCCCGCCUGACCAACAGCAUCUGAUUUUUGUGGGCACACAGCUGGAGAAUUGCUGCACUCUGUCAGAAUACAAUAUCCAGAAAGAGUCCACCCUGCACAUGGUGCUUUCUCUGCGAGGUAGCAUCACUGAGCCUUCCCUCCGCCAGCUCACUCAGAAAUACAACUGCAACAAGAUGAUCUGCUGCAAGUGUUAUGCUCACUUGCACCCCCGUGCUGUCAACUGCUGCAAGAAGUGA